CUCGUCUCUCAGGUCUGCUGACGUGUCGGCUGCACGCGCGGUGGGACUGCAGUCCUACAAUCACAAGCCGCAAUCAUGGCUACACUAAAUCCAUAUUUGUACGUUUUUACUCUGUUUCUUCAUGCAUGUGUUUGUAAAUCCAGCGCGGAGCGGCGCUUCUCCGACUUCAAACGCUGCGCCGAUGAUGAAUGUAGCAUGCUGCUCGGCAGAGGAAAAGCCGUAAGGGAUUUCAUGGGGCCGGACUGUCGGUUUCUCACUUUCAAGAAAGGAGAGACGAUAUAUGUAUAUUAUAAACUCUCAGGACAGAGGUCAGAUGUGUGGGCCGGUAGUGUUGGAAACGACUUUGGUUAUUUUCCAAAGGACUGUCUUAAUCUAAGUCAUAUAUAUACUGAAAAGGAAUUUGAGGUGCCUGCAGAGGAAACAGAUUUUGUGUGUUUUGAUACGGGACUUGAUAAAUUUGAAAGCUAUGACAUUGAUGUGCUAUUAGGCAACUUGUUGUUAAUAGAAAAUGAGAAUUUAACAGCAGAAUCAAAAGAAUCAGCUCAGAAUGAUGCUGUCGUCUCCCAGCUGCCUUCUGAAAAAGGAACGACAAGUUCAGAAUCUACAACACAUCCAGAAACAGAAUCAGUAGAUUCAGAAUCAAUAUCACCACUUGAGACAGAUUCAGUAGAUUCAGAAUCAACUUUGCCCUUUGAGACAGAUUCAGUAGAUUCAGAAUCAACUUUGCCUUUUGAAACAGAAUCUGUAGAUUCAGAAUCGGUAGCACAUCCUGAAACAGAGACACUACUUUCAAAAUCUGCGGAUGAGGAAUCUGAUAGCAUUCAACCAAAGAUAGAUGUCUCACCAGAACCAACAUUAGAAUCUACAGAUGCAGUACAGAAAGAGCCAAAAGCUGUUCAGCUUGUAGAGGUCAUGGAAGAGCAGACUAAUAAUUCACUACACCAAGAGUCAGAGGUUUCCUUAGAAGAUGUAGAAGCAGAACCAUCAGAUUCUGAUGCUCUAAAUAUUGAUUAUUCUGAGCGUUUGCACAACCAGAGUGACUCUGAGAGACCGUUCAGUACAGAGGAAGUCACAAAUUCUGAUCCCCAGAAACCCAUGAAACUUCCAUUUGAAGCCCAAACUGCUGGCUCAGAGAUAGACACUGAAGAACCUGCCAAAUCCAAGCAAAACAAUAAGGAUAUACCACUACAAGCACCUGGGAAAACACUGAAUAAAGUUGAGGAGGAUACUGAGGAUAAGAACAUGUGGUCAACCUUUAAGGAUAUUUUUAAAAAGGAGCGUGAAGGUAAAACGCGAGAGACUGGAUCUCUUGAAAGAGUCACCAAAGAGGACAUGGAGGCUUUACCUGAGGAAUCACAUUCAGAUACGAAUGUCAAAGACCUCGCUAGUCCCAAAGUCUUGAAUGCAGAAAUUGACUCUGAAGAUCUGGCAAUUGCAGAAGAAGUCCUUGAUCUAGAAACUCUAGACUCCAUAAGUGCUCCGCCAAAGAGUCAAGACAUCUCAUCUGAACAAACUGUGGAAAAACACACUGUAGGUACGAUCUCAUCACUAAACGUGGACAGGAUGCUUGCAGAUGAAGCCACUGAAGAGGAUGGUCUUCAGAUGGUAGACACAAGCAAGAAUGAGAAAGCAAAUGAAAACAUUGAAGAAGAUCUUCAGAAGGCCAUUACAGACAAGAGUGAAGAACUGCAUGAAAGUCCACAGACUGCAACCCUUCUUGACAAAACCGACAAUCAGAUUGAAAAAGUGAGGAACGACCUUUUGAAUCUAUUAAAAAACACCUUGCAAUCAGAGGAACAAAGUCCCAAUGAAGAAGAGCCUCAAGAUCAAGACGAGACGGAAGAUGCCAAAGAGCUUUUGGAGGAUGAGAACGCUCUUUUAUCUUCUUCUGAACUCCAAAUUACAGAUGAAUCCAAGGAGAACGAACAACCUGAAAUUCAAGUCGAAGCCGAAAUUUCAGACGUAUCUGAACAAAAUGACAAUGGCAUGGAACCAAGUGAGGUACCAUCUUCUCUAACAAGCGUGACUCAAGAAGAAGACCAUGAAACUCUGGAAGAAGAUGGAUCCGAUCACAACCUUGAGGUGCCUUCUCCUCGUGAGGAGCCUGUGUACAGUGAUAGCAUUCUAAGACUCACAAUUUUACGAGAUCACUUGAGAGACGAUGAUGUGGAGCGUAUGCAGAAGUGUCUCGGGCUGAAAAACCUGUUCAAAAUUGAAGCCAUGUUUUCUGACCUGGAUCAAGAGAUGAAGUCUGCCAGGCAGUUGCAGACAUACACUGAGAACAUCGAGAACACGCUUGACCAGAUCAUGGAGGCCUCAGAGAACUCGAUUCUAGAUGAGACGGAGGAAAUGCUUAAUGAAAGAGAGCGGAAAGCUCAGGAACUUGGACGGCUGAAGGAACCAGGAAUGAAUGAUGUAGAGGCUGCCAUCUUGGAUGCUUUUCGGGAGAUUGUGUUCUCUUUGCGACAGAAAUAUUCAGCCGCUAGUGACAGUGUCCCAUUGGUUGAGGAAGAACAACCUGCCUCUGAAACAGAUGAACAAACCGGCUCUGAAGAGGUGAAGGAUUUGGUCAGUGAUGUCGAAACGAUUGAACCACCUGAAAGUCCUGAGAUUCAUAAGGAGCAGAAUGAAUCUGAAUUGAUUCUGAAUUCUGAAUUAAAUGUGAACCCUCAAGAUUUAUCUCACAGUGAAGAGAUGGGACUCGAGGAGGACGGCGGUCAUUUUAAUAGGAAUAAAGAUGCACAGAUAGGUUUCAAAGAUGCUGAGGAGAUUCAAAAGGGGCCUCAUGCGAUUUUGGAGAAUCCAGUGGACAUUGGAUUACACUUUGAAAUGGACCAAUCUUCAGGUUCACUGGAGACCCCAAGUGUGUCUGAUUUCCGUGACGUUGAAGCAAACAGUUACAUCACCAGCUCUUCAACUUCAGAUGAACUUUGGGGCUCGAUGCUUCUUGGCAAAGAGUAUCUUGGAGUGUACGCAGAAGUUGUCAUCACUGCUCUUCCAGAAGAAUGGCGACCAGGUCCCACUUUCCACGGACUGCCUUGGGAGCCUGUGCUCAUGACAGUGGGCAUCGGGUUCCUCACAUUACUGAUGUUCUUCUGGAAAACUGUGCUCGCUGUCAAAGGCAGAAACUAUCAGUUAACUGAGAAGCAGCUGACAGGCAAGAUCCAGCUGCUGCUCCGCGAAAAGUAUGAUGCCGUUAACAAGAUCACAGAACUGAAUGGCAUGAUCGAAGAGCGCGAAGAACAGUUAAAAAGCUCUGAGAAAUCAAUGAGUUCAACACAGCGAGAAAUGAAGCAGCUGAAGACGCAUCACAAGAAACUCCAAAGCCAGUGUGAGGAGAUGUCAGGGAGUGUUUCUCAACUUAACCAGAAAAUUGUGGACACACAGGAAGAGAAUUCAAAUCUGAAUGAAAAGAUUAUCAAAAUGCACCAGAGAAUCGAGAAGUAUCAGAAGACUUUGAAGAACUACGACGAGGAACGUGCAAAGGUUCACAUCCUCAUGGAUGAAGCUAAACAUCGAGAAGAUGCUCUGAAGGCUCAGGUGCUCACAUUUGAGAAGGAAAACAGCUCUUUAAAAGAGCAAAAGAAAUCUUUGCUGCGUGACGCUAAAGACUGGCAGGAGAAGCAUGAAAAAAUAAGCGAGGAGAUCAGAGUUUAUCACCGAUCACAGAAAGAGUUGCAGGAUUCACUGGUGCACAAAGAAAAUGAGAUUGAUGUUUUGUCCAGCUGUAUUGCAGAGCUCAACCGAUUGGGAGCUUGUUAUGCUGCAGACCUACAGAAAGACGAUGUUAAACUAGCUAAUGGAGAAGAUGCUGACAAGAUGAUGGACACCAUGAGGCUGAGAAUUAAACAGAUGAUGGACGUCUCAAGGAUUAGGGCGACUCUCAGUAUUGUUGAAGAGGAAAGAAAUCGCUGCAUGGAGAGUCUCCUCACCGAACAGAAAAGCAGACAGGAGCUGGAGGAGCAAUAUCAGAAGGUCAUGCACGAUCAGAUGAAUCUGAAGAACGAAAAGACUCACCUGGAAAAUCAGUUCAAGAACCUUCAACAGAGACUAGAUAUCACCACUGAACUCUACCAGCAGAAGGAGAACGCCCUCCAACAGAAGUUGACGCAGGAGGAGUUGGAGAGACGUGAGAAAGAGACGAAGCUGUGCGAGGUGGACAGUGAAGCUGUGAGGUCAGAAGAGGAGGUGAGAGUUCUCAAACAGAAGAUCAAAGACAUCGAGGAGGAGAUGCAACAGAACGAGCGUUCGCUCAAAACCGAGGUAGCAAUCCAGGAAAAGAAAGCACAUGAGAACUGGUUGAAAGCCCGCGCCUCAGAACGAGCUCUGGUGGAAGAGAGAAGAGAAGCGGCCAACCUUCGCCAAAAGCUCGUUGAGCUCAGGGAUAAAAUCUCAGACAUGGAGCAAACAAGUCUGUUCAAACUGAACUCUGGACCUCCCGAACGACACAUGCCGCCUAUGAGGAAAGGUGACUCUUACGGGCCGUCUCCUGUGAGUGGGGGGGCUCCUUCUCCUCCUCUAAUGAUAGAGGGUCCAGGACGCCCCCCUGCACCUGUCGGGCGACGGAGCGAAUCGUUUGGUCCCAGACCCCCGUCUGACCCCCACGGACGUUUCUCGGAGCUUGGGCACCCGAUGCCCUCUCGACCUGAAAUGUUCUCUCCCAUGACGUCAUCUCCAUGUGCACAUGAUGGACCCAUGCAGACCGCACCAGUCAUAGAGAAGGCCGAGGCCUCAGAGCAGGUCUCAUCUGACCCUGUAGAACCUCGGUCUAAAUCUCAGAACCAGGGUUCCUUCCUCCCAUCUCCCAUCCGUGACUCUCCUGUCCCGCCACAGAACGUCCCACUAAAGCCGUAUGGACCCCCAGUCAUGGGGGGACCAGUUCCGAUCAACGGCCCGCCUCCUUUUAUGGUCAGACCGCCCAAUGGCCAUCCUCCCAUGAUGCCCCCUGGCCCUCCCCUCGGCCCUGAACCGCGCUUCAGACCACCGCCCAUGGAGUCUUAUGGCCCCCCUCCUCCGAUUGGCCCAUAUGGACCAGUACCGCCACCUUUUGGUCGAGGCCCGCUCCCCCCACCACCUGAAUUUUACAUACCUCGUGGGCUUCCUCCUCGGCCCUUCCCUCCCGGACCUCUUCCACCCCCUGGAGCGAUGGUUCCGCUACCGUAUAGGGGCCGGGGCUUCCUGGGGCCCCCUUCACUAACAGUUCAGACCUCUAGGGACGGUGAGGAGAAUGCCACAUUAGCGCAAAACCCCCCCACAGAUGACUUCCAUCAGCAGGGGGCGCCGCAGGACGCAGAAAACUCCGCAACGGCGGAACCUUGAACGAACUGUUACCUGAACAAUUUUUCCAGGCUUCAUGAAUUUCUUUGUUUGGUCCCUAUUCUUUUCAAUACUUUUAACAUCAAAAUGCCACUUUAAAUCUCAGUUGUUUGAUUUUGUUUUCCAUUUCAUUUAAGCUUAUUUCAGUAAGACAUUUGUGACAAAUUGAGGGUUUUGAUUUUAUAAGUUUGCAAGACUUUCCUAUGGAAAUAGUUUAAUAUACAGAAGGCAACGUAACUUGUGUUUAUGGUUGUCAUAUGGAUAAAUUAUAUCUACCACUCACCCAGAGCUGAUGCAUCCUGGGAUAUUGUUUGAACCAAUCUGACAUAAAUAUGUUCGAACGCAAGACAAACUAUUCAUGAAGUAUUUUUAUGCCUUUUUCACCAAUUCUGAACAAAUAUUUCUGCUCGAGUCGCUUUUAGUCCGAUUUAGUGUUUUGAUUUGUUGUACGUCUGUUCUUGUCAUUUCUUUUCCUAGCGGAAAGGCACAUAUGAUGUCAUAUUGACAAAGUAUUUGUACAUUUCUUUCAGCUGCAUAUACAAUAAAAAUAUUCCCAGAAAUCAGACAUUGAUAACGUAACCAAAAUCGUGCACAGUUGAAACCGAUGAACUUCUUUUAGUAUAUUGUUCAUCAUUGUUCAACUGACCUUUCAUCUUACCGUAUUACUCAACAGUUGACAUAACAGCACAUAAAUCAUCUGUACACCAUGUAAUUGUAUUAAUGGAUGUUGGACGAUUAUGUUUUUGCAGAACUGUAAAUUUACUGGCAAUGGAGCUCCUUCAUGAAACACAAGCAGACCAAUUUUUAUGUAAAUUGUUCAUUAAAUCAUUCUUGUGUAAAUUGUAAAAAAACGAACAAUCACAUUUAAUGCAACAGAUUUUCAGGUUAAUUUGUUGUAAAGCUAUUAUGUAAACUGUUGCAUUCAGUUCAGGGUGACAAUACUGUUUAUCGCAUUCAAUUCACAGAAUUAAUACAAGAAUGGUUUUACGAAAAAAUUACUCAUUCAUUACAUUCAGUUUGCAGAAUUUAAUAGAAUACAAUUUACGCAAGAAUUGUUUUAUGUAAAUGCAACAAACAGCAUAUUCUUCAUUUUAAUUCUCAAAAUUUGUCAAUUUAUUUAAUCAUUUGUUUUGCUCUCGUUUUAAUGAAUGAGGCCCAAUGAACGAUGCUUUUCUGGGGUUUUGAUGCAAUGCUCUCGGAAACAAACCAACCAACUUUUUUUUUAAAUAUAUUUUGUCAUAUAGUGUUUUCUUUGAUAUUAGUCAAAUAUUUCAGAAAGUGUGUUGAAAGGAUGUUGCAAUAAGAGUGUCUGCAUCACGUGUUCAAAUCUUAGGGAAGAAACUGUUUAGGAAAAAAACAGUGGCAUUAAAUUCCUGGGAAUGAAUGAGUUGAAUAAAACUGCUUUUGCUUCUA